AUGAUACUUUCGCUUCGCUCGUCACCUACUUCGCUGUGGUCAAAUGUGCCACUGAAUACACAGCGUAAGCCUGGCAUGGAGAAGGCAAAGGCUUACAUAAAGAGCUCACUGGCUUCGAAGCCGGCGUCGCCGUCUGCCACUGCAAAGCCAUCAGCGCAGGACGACGUGCGUGUGUGCUUUGUGUGCGGCGGCGCCGGAUUAAGCGACCAGUACACCCUCAGGGUCAAGCCCGACACGCAGUGCAAUGAACCAUACUUCCCGUUCCUCGUCGCUCACGCACCACCCAACGGCUACCGCUCUGAAGGUGACGAGGAUGGCGUCGUGAGAUGUUGCUGCGUCUGCUACACCUUCCUCCGGCAACAGUGGGAGCAAUAUGACCGCGAGAACAAACCACACAGCCAGCGGUUCUAUUGGAUCAAGAGGCUCGAUGGGAAACCAUUUAUAGGCGCUGAUAUGUCAUUCCAAGGCGAGUACGCGGCGCAGGUGCUGGGCUUGUCGGGCGACGCGCGCGACGAGUCAGGGACGUCGCCGCGUCCCACGUCGCGGCCGCUCUACCCUCACGACGCGCCCGCGCCGCACACCCCGCACGCCCCGCACACCCCCCAAGCGCCCCACACACCACACACCCCACACCCGCCCCCCUCCAGCCCAUUUCGCAAGGACGACAAGGAGACCAACCAUAUAAAUAAAUUUAAUAAUCAACGGUACGCAGCAGGCAAUGGUGGUGUGGAAGAAGAGGGUGUACUCGACCUCCGUGCGAGGGAUCCCUCAGUCAUCUCCGUUGGGUCCCAGCAUUCGGGUGCGAGCGAACCUGCCGGAUACUUAGACGCUGUUAGGUCUACGGUGUCGGUGUACUCGGGCAACUCCAACUCCAGCUCGGACCGCGACAUCCUGGACCUGUCGAUGCCGGACAAGAACUCGAUGACGGAGGUGUGUUACGUGUGCGGCGACGAGUACAAGCGCGGCACGCUCUACAACCUGCACACCAAGGAGCCCAAGGACAAAUCGAAUAAGCAAGCGUAUUUUCCUAUAUUCGGCGAGCAGCACCCUCGACCGCCUCGGUCGCGGCCCAAAGAUGCGCAGGGAACCGUCCGAGCGUGCGCAGCCUGCCAUCAUCAUCUGGUGCAGCAAUGGAAUACCUAUCAGAUGCGUGCAGUGCCGGCGAACGAGCGAGUGUACACACUUCGCACGCGUCCUCCUUCCCUUCUCCCGCCUUCCCCCUUAAGUCUGGCCAGUUCAGGUGACAAGUCAUCUCUAGCGGCCCACACUCAUUCCCCUUCCUUAGAACGUCCGGCGAGUCAGCCGUCUGCGCCGCCGACGACAGCUAGCUUCGUUUGCUAUGUAUGCGGGGUUAGCGCACCUAGUUCACAAUUAAGGCUCGUGUAUUGCUGUCCAAAUCCUGAGAGAGAACCGUAUUAUCCUUUUAUAACGACCUUGAAGCCUCAUUCUGAUGCCAGUCCUAUUAGCCCGCAAGGUAUGGUCCAAAUUUGUGCGUCGUGUUAUAAAAGCAUUCCGCAUAAAUACCCUGCAUAUGGCGAGAACGGGGAACCGAAUGCCGCGCACAACAAUUCACAUACCAACAAUAUUAGAUUUAAGCCCUACGAUAUAAAGUCAAGUUCGAGUCAAGCGAACAAGCGACCCUCGAGUGCGUUAUCAAGUAGUCCGCAGAGUCAAGUUGUCUCCGGCGAGAAUGGCAUGGGACUGUUCAGAUGCUACGUGUGCGCGGGCCUGUUCCAGCAGCACUCGAUGGAGUGGCUAUCGACGACGGCGGAGUACAUGAACUCGCACGCCAUGCACUUCCCGUGCCUGGCGGGCAGCGGCGGGGGCAGCGCGGCGCGCGGGGGGCGGGUCCUGGCCUGCAGCCGCUGCGUGCGCCACCUCUCGCGCCAGUGGGAGCUCAUGGACGCCGAGCGCGUGCCGCUCGAGCACAGGAGAUAUAAUAUCCCAUCGCCUCUACCUCCGAACUCGUCGGUGAACGGCGAGCGAGUGAUACCAACCCCACCUUCCACCACUUCUGACCGAACGGUCGCUAGUAAUAAUGCAUGUACAUCAAUAUAUUGUUUCCUGUGCGGGCUUCACUCCGACUUCACAUUGGCGCGGAUCCUGUACGGCCAGCCGCAGGGCAACGCGCCCUACUUCCCUUGUCUGUUAACGCAUCAGAGUCAUCCAAACGCGGAACAGUUGAGAGAAAAGGGUUCGGCGCUAGUGUGUACCUUCUGCUAUCACUCGCUAUUGAGUCAGUGGAAAAAGUACGAGGCCCUGGGCGGGUACCCUCCCGAGCGGCGCGUGUACAACACGCACGACUACCACUGCCACUUGUGUGGGAUCAAGACUUACAGGAAACGAGUUAGGGCACUACCCAUUAAGGAAUUCCCAUUCUUAGUGCAAAGGCGGACUGAAAAUUCAUUAUUAUUAGAAAAUAAUGACUAUGCUGUAGUAUGUUUAGACUGUUAUGAAAGUUUAAGGACGCAGGCGCAGGACUACGAGCGGCGCGGGGUGCCGGUGGAGAAGCGCGAGUACAACUGGCUGCAGCAGCCGCCGCCGCCAGAGGACUCCGCCGACGUCACCAUCGCGCGACUGCCCUCCGGCGACCGCAGCGACAAGCUCAUCCCGCAGUCGCUGGUGGUGUCGCGCGGCGGCUCCAAGCGCCACAGCCCCAAGCACGGCGCGCCGCCCCGCCCCGCGCCAGACAAGCUCGCCGCCAACAAGCUCGACAAGAACGAACACGGUGAGUCUACACCCACGCUAACUGACAAUAUCUGA